UACUUCACAAUAUCACACGCGCGCGUCGAACGCAAACUCAGCUCUUUUCCGCUUCCUUUGAGUUCCCGCCACAAACGCGCGAGUUCCUAAAACCCCCAAUUUUUCAUCAGCAAGCCCUAAAUCAUCCCCCGCAUUCCUAAUACAGACCUGGAAUUCCUCGACCUUAUCGUCAUUUUCCCUGUUGCAGAUAGCUCUUCAAUCUUCAGGCGAGUUCCACUUUCAAAUUUGUUCUUUUUUAGUUUUGGGUAGGAUUGGAGAAAUGGGAGUUUCUAGUUUCAUGCGCUGAUGUUAAACUAGUUACUUCUAAACUUAGUGUUUUUGCUUAAUAGUGAAUAGUUUCUCAGACACUGAAAAUUCAAGCCUCGUUUUGAAUUUAUGUUAGUUACUAUCUAAUGUAGCUGGAGAGGCUUGACCCAUUUGCACUGUCCAGGAAUGUGGACACUUGUGGGCGAUUGGCACUCAAGUUCCUAAAAUUUAUCUGAGGGAUAAUUAGAAGAGCUCGCCUAUCCAAAUAUCAUGUUAUUGGAGUAGAGAUCUCAGAUUCUUUCAUGAACGUAAUGAAAGUUAAGAGUGAAACUGAAGAUUUUGACUGCAACAGUGAUGAUUUUGGCUUAGACAAUGUGGUGUUGAAAUGGAUUAAGGAUAGAUGCGAAACAAAGAAAAGGAAACGCUUCAACUUUGUUGGUUUAAAUAAAGAAACGCUGGAAACCUGCUCUUCUGUGAAACUCGAGUCUCCAAACUUUCAGCACAAUGGCGACAUACACGAUGAACUUGAAGAUCCUCUUAUCGGUUGGAAAUCUGAACUUUUCAAGAAUAUCAAGAGUAGCGAUGAAGAUUUGCUUGAACUAAAUCGGGAUUGGCCUGCGCCUAUUGAUGUUAAAGUUGAGGUUCCUGAAAGUGAAACCGCUAAUGUAAAUAUUUUGAAGACUGACGUGCCUUAUCCUACAACGGAACCCCAAUACUGUUCUCUUAAUGAAGUGUCCUAUGAAUACACGGAAGAUUCUGAGACCAGGCUUGACGUGGGGCUUUCUGGUUGUGAAACAAAGGAACCUCAGUAUUGUUCUCUUAAUGAAGUGUCCUAUGAAUACACGGAAGAUUCUGAGACCAGGCUUGACAUGGGGCUUUCUGGUUGUGAAACAAAGGAACCUCAGUAUUGUUCUCUUAAUGAAGUGUCCUAUGAAUACAUGGAAGAUUCUGAGACCAGGCUUGACGUGGGGCUUUCUGGCGCUGAAACAAAGGAACGUCAGUAUUGUUCUCUUAAUGAAGUGUCCUAUGAAUAUAGGGAAAAUUUUGAGACCAAGUUUGAUGUAGGGGUUUCUAGUUGGGAGAUUGUUCAGGUACACAGUCCAGAAAAUAAUGCGUAUUUUGGCUUGUCUGGAUAUAGGAAAGAAGAUUAUACCAUCCAUCCUCUUUCCUAUGAUGUCUCCUCGGAACAGAUGUCUCCAAUAAAGGAUUAUAGCUGUGAUGUUUGUGAUAGCUGCCAAAAUGAGUCUCCCAAGCCAGAGAUGCCAUGGCAGACAAGCAGGGACAGUUUAAUUCUAAUUCUUGAGACAAAUAUUGCUUCUGAUACAGAAACGGGGGUCUCAUUGUCCCCCAUAAAAUGCAGUGUUUCAAAUGGGGUGUCUUUUGAAUCUACUGAAGAUGUUGCUCCUAAAUCUGGUGCUAGUUUUUCUAGUUGUGAGACUGUAAAGGUAGAUAGGCCGGAAAUGAUCAGCUAUCUAUGUUCAGACUUGCAAGAAUUUGGGAAAGACAGUUAUACUGUAGAUCCGCUAACCUAUGCUGUUCCCUCUGAAUUAGUAUCUCCUACCAAGGAUCAUUGUACUGAUUUGCAUGAUAGCUUUAAUUUUUCAGAGCACAAGAUGUCUUCACAGACCAGCAAUCGUGGCCGAGCUGAAAUGCCUGAGAUGGACACUGAUAAUUGCUUCCAAUGCUUGGAAACUAACAAUGAAGAUAGUGCGUGCUCCUUUGAGAGCAGAAGUACACAUUACUGGUCUUCUAAUAUUAGAAACAUUGUGGUCAGUCCUUCCACUGACAAUGGCUUGUAUUGGAGUUCAUCAUGCUUGAAACAUGAGAAACAUUCAGGCCUUGUUUCUGCUGAUUCUUCUUCAUCAAAGAAGCAACCCCAGUCACCAGCGCUUAUAGCUCGUAAUUACUUUGAUGCUUCUGGUAAGCCUUUAGCAUCACCAGCACCUCAGGAUUAUCAUCAAAUGAAGCAUCAGCAUAGUGCUGAAAGGGUUCUCUCAGGCAGAAAGGCCAUUUCUCCAACUUCUCGAGAGAGACUUUGUCGGGCUAUGAGAUUAACUGGGUUGGAUGAAAACGAGUGUCAUCAAUAUAAAGGAAAGCAGAGCCAUCAUAGGACUUUAAGAGCUCAAGGGCUUGACCAUAUCUGGAAGGAUGGAGUAGCUAUCAAGCCAACGUCAACCAUGAGAAAAGCAAAACAAGAUAAGAAAGAGUCCCCAAUGAAGGGCAGUCUAAAGGGUACUUAUCCUCCCCAGUGUCGUUCACAAAGCGUGAUAGCAUUUACACAGCGACAAAUGCAGGAUUUCCAAUCUUUAGCUAUGAAACUCACGACAGAGUUGAAGUCAAUGAAAAACCUUGUUAAGGGAAAAUUUCAGUCGGAGUCGGAGGCCUCUGUAGCUACAUCUGCAAAUGAAAAUGCUGAUGAAGUCAGGGUAGCCAUUGAAAACGCAACAAGAGCUGAAGAAUAUGCAAGAAGAUGGCUUUCUAUUUUGACAAGAGAUUGCAACCGCUUUUGUAAAAUCAUGAGUUUGACGGAGGAUAACACUGCUGCAUCUGACCGUGAAAUCAAAAAAGAAAGGAAGGUUUCUUUUGCUGAUGAAGCUGGUGGCAUGCCAAUGUAUUUUAAGAAUGACAGGCACAGCCCUUGGAAUUAGCUCACAUUUUUUGAGAGGUUUAAAAACGUAGAUUACCGGUUGAGUAGGCUCAAUCAUCUUUUACUUGUAUAUUUACAUCUUCAAAUUAAAUCACCAUGGCCAGGUAAAUUACUCACAGAACUUCCACUUUUCCACAAUCAAGAUUCCUAGAAGCGCCAUUGAUUGAACUAUAGAUGAAGUGGUAAAAGAAUUUUCUUCAAA